AUGGCAAACGUAGUCUGCGAUUAUCGGUUCCUUCUCCUCGCUGCAGUCGUGGCAUUCAUCUACAUCCAGGUGCGGCUGUUCGCUACCCAAUUGAUAUCUGCUGACCGCCUUGCUGCCGCGGUUGAAUCAGAGAACGACUGUACGAGUCAAAUGCGAUCACUAAUUGAUCAAAUGAGCAUGCAACAAGGAAGAAUUGUUGCACUUGAAGGUGGGACAGGAAACGCCAAGGACAAGUGUGGACAACCGAAGGUCCUUGUUAAAGAACUUGAAAGGAAAGGCCUGCAGGAAUUGACUGAUAAAGUACAGGUCCCAGUGGCAGCAGUUGUUAUUAUGGCAUGCAAUCGGGCUGAUUAUCUAGAGAGGACAAUUAAGUCUGUCUUAAAAUAUCAAAGUUCCGUUGCUUUGAAGUAUCCUCUUUUUGUAUCUCAGGAUGGAUCAGCUCCUGAUGUUAAAAGUAAGGCUUUGAGUUAUGAUCAGCUAACAUAUAUGCAGCACUUGGAUUAUAAACCAGUGCAAACUGAACGCGAUGGAGAGUUGGUUGCAUACUACAAAAUUGCCCGUCAUUACAAAUGGGCAUUGGAUGAAUUAUUCUACAAGCAUAACUUCAGCCGUGUAAUCAUACUUGAAGAUGAUAUGGAAAUUUCCCCCGACUUUUUUUAUUACUUUGAGGCUACAGCAACUCUACUUGACAAGGAUAAGUCCAUUAUGGCUGUUUCCUCUUGGAAUGACAAUGGACAAAAACAGUUCGUGCAUGAUCCUCAUGCACUCUAUCGUUCGGAUUUCUUUCCCGGACUUGGGUGGAUGCUUGCCAGAUCUACAUGGGAUGAGCUAUCUCCAAAAUGGCCAAGUGCAUAUCCUUGUUGGUUUGGUAUAUUUGUGUGCUUGGAUCUGACUAUCCAUGCAUAUUGAUGUGUGACUUUUUAUCAUUUGCGUUAACAAAAC